CACAGCCUUGGACACAUCUGACUCCGAUUCUGAGAUGUUGUACUAAAGCAUCAGAAUUUGUAGUCAAGCUGAACUAAUUUUGAAUUUGGAUACAGCUGGACUCUUGUAGACUGCACAAUGAUUCGCGGCAUUUCAGAGAUAGCCGCAAUGUGCGUCGGCAUGAUUGGGUUGAUCGGCGCGGCGGCUACUACAGGGAUGCCCAUGUGGAAGGUGACGGCUUUCAUUGGGGAAAACAUAAUUGUGAUGGAAACCCGCUGGGAGGGUUUGUGGAUGAACUGCUACAGACAAGCCAACAUCAGGAUGCAGUGUAAGGUGUACGACUCUCUGCUGUACCUGCCCUCUGAGUUACAGGCCGCCAGGGGUCUGAUGUGCUGUUCUCUGGCCUUGUCAGGUCUGGGGCUCCUUGUGGCUCUGGCAGGGAUGCGGUGUACAUCCUGUAUUCAGGAUAAUGAAUGGGCUAAGACCAUCAUGCUGAUGGUUGCAGGUGGUAUGCAGUUCAUGGCCUGUAUCUGUGUCUUUAUCCCCGUGUCGUGGACAGGGAAUGUCAUCAUCAGAGAUUUUUACAAUCCUUUGCUAAUUGAUGCCCAGAGGAGGGAGCUGGGAGAGGCUCUCUACAUCGGUUGGGUGACCGGAGCCUUCCUUUUCGCCUCAGCCAUGUUGUUCCUCUGCCGCCGUAUUCCCUCAGAGAAAGGCUCAUUCGACAUGUACCAGCAAGCCAACUUGCUUCGUUAUCGGCCAGCACCUCUAAUGAGUUAUCAUCCCAUCUCGAGUGUUACCAGCCUCCAAUCUACUGCAUACCAUCCUUCUCUGCAGAACAACGGCUAUGUUGUACAACAGCUUGCGACGCCACUUCAAAACAUCCCUCAAGUAAGGACAAAUGAUGGAGCACUAAUCAACCCUCCUGUCGUCUAUAACCCCAGUCUGCCUGAAAAUUCGUCAUCAUAUGUAGGUAGCGUGGCUCACCAUUACUCCACGCAGCGUUCUGAUCAUGUUGGAAGCCUGUAUGUGCCAAGCAAAUCCUUGUACCUAAGGCAAAACCCCACGCCAUAUUCACCAACUUAUUUAGGCAAUCCUACGGUGUCCUACCAUACUAGUUUUGAUCGGGUUCCACGCACUCCUGUUUUCAUAGGACAUGAAGAAUCAAGAAUACAACCCAAUUCUAACAGUAGGAGCGGUGCUGGUGUAUACAUAUAAACAAAAAUGUUUUUUUUAGCUGGUUAAACUUAAAGUCACGAAGCAGUAUGCUUAGAUAGUAUAUCAUCACAAGCUAAUUUUAACUGCUGUACAUGUACCUGAAUAUUAUGUUUUCUCUGCCUAUAUUACGAUUAUCCCGAUGCCCAGACUAAACAGUGCGUUUUAUUAAUAAUUGUUUUGUAAUUUGUAUUGUGCUAAAGACUAUAUAUGGGUUGUUUGAUCAGGUGGAACUUUGUUGUUAGUAUAAAUAAAAGGUGGCAUUGUGCUGUUCUGAUGAAGCCCUGGUAUGGGCUGACUUUCCCAAAACAGAGAGACUUAUGAGAAAUCAUCUCUUCACCAUAGUCUUAACUUUUGCACAUUAGUAAAAGUCUGUUUAUUAUAUUAUUAAAUCUUUUAUGGUAAUCAUUG